AUGGGACUAACUGCAGACGGUAUUACAUCGGAUGGGGAAGUGGAAUUGGACAUAAAAAUGCAGGAGGCUUCUGAGCCUGAAGAAAUUCAUGAGGCUGAUGAUAUUGGAAUGGAAAUUUCUCAGGCAGAAUCGGUUGAGGAUGGCAAACUAAUGGAGGGAGUUGAGAAAAAGCAAGGAGCACGCCGUAAACCCAUUAGGUCUUUGGUUGCAGGCGCUUCCAACAAGAUGAAGACGGCUCAAAUGCUGGUAUCCAAACGCCAAGUUCCUAAGACGGGUGGUCGUCAAGGAGAUAAUUCAAAACAGGGGGAAGACAAGGGUCCUUUAAACCCAAAACAAGCUUCUUCAAAGAACUGA